CGGGCGGCGGUUGCGUGCGACGCGGCCUGAGGGAAGGUCGCUGCCGGUCCAGACAUGGCGCGUGGCUUGCAGCUGCGUCCGGCCCUGGGUCCGUUACUAGUCCGAAGAGCGGUUGGGUGGACCCUGUACAGCGUUCCGAGCCCCAUUCUGUGAAAGGCCCCAUAGUACGAACAGCGGCGGCCUCAGCCCCCACCUUCCCCUUCAGGAGGCUGCGCUCCUUCCCUGGGCAUGGGCCCGGCCCAGCUGGGACGUGACCAUGCGUGAUGCUCCUGCCUUGCCCCUUGAAGGCUUCCUGCACACAGCGUGAAUACCGUCUGCUGUUCUGGUCGCCUUAGCUCCAAAAAAGAUCUAUUGGCAUUGGAAAGGGAAUUUUAUUACACAGCAAGUUAAAGAGCUCUCAAUCUCCCAUCCCUCUAGCCGACCAGGAAAACAAAAGUCCAGAUCUAGACAUCCAACUUGAGCCUUCUGCCUGAUCAGGGAGAAGACUAAUAAUCGGUCAUUGACCAACCCUAUCACUUUGUGCAUCCUCUCAUCAGACAUCUAGACUUUCAACAUUUGAAAUAAUUAUCCCUCGAAGUUUGACAGGCAGGGAGAGACGCCACACAUAUUUACAUGAGGACCAUUCAGAUGAUCACUCUUAUUCGAUUCAAACUGCAAAUGGAACAUACAUCCUAAAAUUAAAGAAAAAUACACACACUGUUACUAUGGAGGAGUUGUUGAAGGAGUUGCUGAUUCUGUGCUUGCUCUUAGUACAUGUGAUGGUCUUAGGGGAAUCCUUCACAUUGGUGACAAACAGUAUGGUAUGGAGCCAGUUGACACAUCAGCUACAUUUGAGCACCUAUUUUAUCCAUUAGAACAUGUUCAGCAAGAUCCUUUUCUGUGUGGUGUGCUGAAUGAUAACCUUCACCAAGAAAAGAGCGUGAAGAAUUCUCUUAGAUAUACAAAUGUUUCACACAGUUCUUUCAGCAGGGAAAAGCUUUUUAGGAAAAAACGAGCUGUGCUGCCACAGAGACGCUACGUGGAACUAUUUAUGGUUGUGGAUAACAACAGGUAUUUGCUGAAGAAUUCUGAUCCUGUAGCUGUGCAAAAGGAAACAAUUGAGCUGACUAAUUAUGUUGAUGUGAUGUAUGAUGCAUUGAACAUCCAGAUUGUUUUGAUUGGGCUAGAAAUCUGGUCAGAUAAAAAUCACAUAAAUGUAAUGGAUGGUUCAGCUGGAGAUGUACUAAAUAGGUUUGUUUCUUGGAGAGAAAAAAAUCUUCUUAAGCGUUCAAGAAAUGAUGUUAGCCACCUCAUAAUAGGGAGAAGUGCCUAUAAUGGGGCAGUUGGAAUGGCUUUUGUAAGUACAGUCUGUUCUCAAGUCCAUGGAGGGUCCAUCAGCACUCUUAAAGGUAACAAUGUGCAACGUCAUGCCACAGUAGUAGCACAUGAGCUGGGGCAUAAUCUUGGUAUGAAACAUGAUGAUGGAAGGUGCUCCACAUCCUACAUUAUGUACAGUACGGAUAAUGCAUCCAAGAAUUUCAGCACUUGUAGUGCCAAUGAUUUUGAGAAUCUCAUUUUGAAUGGUGGAGGAAACUGUCUUAAAAAUGCUCCAAAACCAAGUGAUAUUUUCACAGAACCUUUCUGUGGCAAUAACAUGGUGGAUAAGAAUGAAGAAUGCGAUUGUGGCAAACCCCAGGAGUGUACUAAUCCUUGCUGUGAUGCUGUAACCUGCAAAUUUAAGUCUGGGUCACAGUGUGCUGAAGGGCUGUGCUGUGAAAAUUGCAAGUUUAAAGUGGCAGGAGUGGAAUGUAGACCAAAAAUGAAUUUCUGUGAUCUACCUGAAUACUGCAAUGGGACAUACCCAUACUGCCCAGAUGAUGUAUAUAUCAUGAAUGGCUACCCAUGUAACAACAUGAAAGAAUAUUGCUAUAGUGGGGUUUGCCAGAAUUUUGAUUCACAGUGUGAAUCUAUCUACGGACAAGGGGCAAGAAAAGCACCUGAUAUUUGUUUUGAAGUAGCCAACUUGAAGGGAGAUAGAUUUGGAAACUGUGGAAUGUCAAGUGGAAUGUACAAUAAAUGUCCCAUUGAACAUAGUCUAUGUGGCAAACUUCAGUGUACAUCUGUCAGUCUUGAAAAUCUUCCUGCUUCUAGUGUUGUCAGCAAUCAAGAUGGUGUUUCAUGUGUGACUUCUGACUUUGACCUAGGAUCAGAUAUCCCUGAUCCUGCUCAAGUGCAAAAGGGAACUGCUUGUGGAAAAGGAAAGGCCUGUGUAGAUUUUAAAUGUGUUAAUGCAAGUGAGCUUGGUUACAACUGCGAUGUAAUGCAGAAGUGUAAUAAUCGUGCUGUGUGUAACAACAAUGGGAAUUGUCACUGCAAUCCUGGAUGGGCUCCUCCUUUCUGUGAUAAAUCAGGUUAUGGUGGCAGUAUUGACAGUGGUCCAACUCAUAUAGAUACAUCACUUAGAGAUGGCUUGCUUGUAUUUUUCCUGCUUGUGCUUCCAGUGUUGAUUGCAGUCGUAAUAGCAUUUAUCAAGAGAGAUGCAAUAAAGAGAAGGUUUUGCCGGAAAAGUAGAAGACGAUACAGGGAUAACAAUACACAGCAACCAAAGCAAAAUAAUGGACCAAACCAGAAUAACGCUAUAAAUAAUCGGCCUGCAACAACAAAUUCUGAGAUUUUUACAAUAUCACAUUUUCCUGCUCCAAGGCAGCCAAUACAAAAUCAGUUUCCUGCAGCUCCUUCAAGAUCUCAUCAGCGACCACCUGUCCCGCCCAGACCUGUUGUCUGAAAGCCAUUUUUAGGAGCCCUCACAAAUGCCUUGAGUAAACUG